CCACGUGUCAGCUUGACAGUGACACACUUCUUCUCCCUCCUUCUUCACUUCUCCCCCUCCCUCUCUCUCAAAACAACUUACCACUCAUCUCCACUCUUUCUAGAGAGAGAAACCCAUUUUUUAGACAGAGAGAGACUCAUCACGAAUCACUAGAUGGUGGUGUAAACCCUUUUUCCUAAAGAAAUUGAAGAAAAAACAGAGAUGUAUGUGGGAUCGAUGAGAAAAUCUUUCAAGGAUUCUCUCAAAGUUCUUGAAGCAGAUCUUCAACACGCUAAUACGCUGGCGUCUGAUUUUCCAAGGGAGUACGAUGGCGCGUGUGUGCAGAUGAGAAUGUCAUAUAGCCCGGCUGCACAAUUUUUUCUUUUCUUUGUUCAAUGGUCCGACUGUCACCUCGCCGGUGCUCUUGGCCUCCUGAGGAUUCUGAUUUUUCAGGUUUAUGAUGAUGGAACCACCACCAUGUCUACACAUGAAAGAAAGGCGAGCAUAAGAGAAUUCUAUGGUAUCAUAUAUCCGUCGUUAAUGCAACUUCAAAGUGGCGUGACUGAUUCCGAAGAGAAAAAACAAAAGAAGGUAUGCAUGGAAAGGUAUAGAAAACGAGAAGAUGGAGAUUACAAUCAUCGUUCUGAUAUCGAUAUUGAACGUGAAGAAGAAUGCGGUAUUUGCAUGGAGAUGAAUAGCAAACUCGUCUUGCCUAAAUGUAACCACGCCAUGUGCUCUAAUUGCUAUAAUGACUGGCGUACACGGUCCCUAUCAUGCCCCUUUUGCCGGGUCAGCCUAAAGAGGGUUGACUCGAGUGAGCUGUGGGUGUAUGUUGACUCCAAAGAAGCAAUUGACAUGGCCACAAUAACACGAGAAAAUCUGAAACGGUUCUUCAUGUAUAUAGACAAGCUGCCUCUCGUCAUUCCCACCUCGAAUUUUGACACCUACGAUUCGCAUUUGAUGUAAAGCAUAUAUUAACCACCCCCUGCGUUCGUACUAAUUUACAUAUCUACCCCCUUCGUGAAAUGAAGAAAACCCGAGAUUCGUUUGGGUUUGUUUAGGCUUCUAGAAAUCAAGUGGUUGGUUGUUGAGAUGAACCCGGCCCGAGUUUGUUGUGGGCACGGGGUUGAUAGUUAACUUGAAGCAUAAAAUGAUGGUUGUUGUAUGUAGUAAAUAUAUGUAUGUAUGUAUAUGCUUAAAUGCUAAACUGUCUAAUUUCAUGGUCCUGGAGAUCAUAUGAAUUUGAACCCUACUUGAAAAUAUUAAUUGUAUGUACAGGUUUGGCAUUUAUAUAAUUAAAAACCCUUUCUUCAUA